AUAUAUAUAUAUACAGUAACUUUAUAUGUACAUAUUAAGCCGUUAUAUAUGACACAUGCGCAUUCUAUUUAGUUAACCAAUUUCAGUCUAUUUUCUUAAACCGGACACACUACUCAUCCAAUGUUUACUCUUUGAAGAUCGGCAAAAAUGGAUGAACAGCAAGAUGCCGUGGCUAGAGAAGAGAAUUUAGAAACAGAAAAAAACUAUGAAGAAACAACACAGAAAAGUCCAGUAGUUCAUUUAGAAUCUGUAGAAUGUGACUCGACAAUAGUUGAUAGCAUACAUUCCUCCAUAGCUCAUUCUAUAAGCCACACAUCGCAAGUUAAAAGCGAACCAGCUUUAAGUUCUACCCCAGUCUGGUCACCAUUCCAUACUGUAACAGGGACACCUCUUAAUUCGUUACAAGACGUCACGCCAUUUCAAAUGAACCCUGGGUCAGUAUACCAGAACCAGGCAUUACAGUAUUCCAGCGAAUCUCCAAGCAGUUAUUCGGGCCUUCCUUCAAUCGGCUCUAGCCUUACUGACCCGAUGAUGCCCCAGCCACAAGACGCGGAUGAUCUCGGAGCAUAUGACCCUACCCCGCUCAUGAAUGCCUCGCCUUCUCCUCACGCUACAUAUUCUGACCUUCAUUCUAAAGGAACACACCAAUUGCAACAGUCACCGUCACCAAAUCAUUUCGGUGAGCAUUCCAAAUCUCAUUCACUAGUGCAAGGAUCUCCGUCACCAAGUCAUUUCUCGGAAGUGUCUAAAAAUCUUGGGGGACAUAUGAAUAUUCCACCAUAUGAUAAUACCACUGUUCCUCAAUUAAUACCAGGACCACCUCAUCAUCACCAACAGCAACUUCAUCAUCAUCAACCACAUGAUCAGCAACAAGAACAACAUCAACAUGAAGAACAAGUAAAAUCACAGAAGAAGGUUAUAGUACCCACAGAAGUUUCCCUUUGGACAGAAAGCCACGUGGAACAGUGGUUAGAUUGGGCUAUUAGACAAUACGGUCUUCGUGAUCUCGAUUCUAAUUUAUUCCUUCAUACAGACGGUGCAGCACUUUGCCAAAUGAGUCGUGACGAUUUUCUACGAAAGGUGUCGCCUUAUAAUGCAGAAGUUUUAUUAACCCAUUUAGCGUAUUUACGGCAAGGUAGUUCUCCAACACGUCAAACACCAGACUUGCCUGAGAACAGUCCACACAUGGGAACAACCACCAUAGCUUACAAUCAAAACAGUUGUGGCGCUACUUAUUGUAUACCAAAAACAGAGCCAACAUUUACUAAAAGUCCAUGGUCAUCAAGUCCCCCUGUCACUGCACAAGGAUAUGGUCAUUCUGGGUUUCCUGGUAUUAAAUCAAAUUAUAACAACACCCACACACAAUGGAGAACACAAGAUCCCUAUCAACUGUUUGGACCGAUGUCAAGUCGAUUAUCUAGUUCAGGAAGUGGGCAAAUUCAGCUAUGGCAGUUUUUACUCGAACUGUUAUCGGACAGCGGAAAUGCUGCCUGUAUUACGUGGGAAGGAACCAAUGGCGAAUUCAAAUUAGUAGACCCUGAUGAAGUUGCAAGGCGAUGGGGUAAACGGAAGAGCAAACCUAACAUGAAUUACGACAAACUGAGUCGUGCUUUACGUUACUACUACGACAAGAACAUUAUGACCAAAGUUCACGGUAAACGUUAUGCUUAUAAGUUUGAUUUUUCUGGACUGGCCCAAUGCCUUCAAUCUAAUUCUAACGAUUCAUCUACACUUCGUUAUCAACAAGACAUGUUUGGAUAUUCGAGUCCCAACUUCAUGCCGACGCAUCCGCCGAUGUCAACUCCAGGGUCUGGCUUUUUUGGAUCCACGACACCUUACUGGUCAACAACGAACAGUAAUAUUUUCACCGGAAUUCCUGGUCAUGUGAUGCCCCAUCAUCCAGGUCAUCUGCCAUCACACUUAGGAUCUUACUAUGCAUAAAAACGUAUUAUUAGAUCUAUGUUUCUUUACAUUGUGUAUAUAGAAAAUUGUACUGAAAUUUUAUAUACAGACUUAAUUAAAUUUAAUUUAUACGAAAUAUAUUAAAUGUACAGUGUCUAUAUAUUAUGGUAAUCAUAUUGUUAGUGUUUAUCCCCUCUUUAUUAUAGAGAGAGUGCCAUAAUAUAUUAUUAUGUUUUAAUAUUAAUUAUUAAAAGGUAUUGAUCAUUCCUGCGUAAAUUAAUUAAAUAGUUAUUAAUUACUAACUGAAAUAAUUAUUAAACUAUUGUAUAUUUAUUUUUUUGUGCUUCAUAUUUUUAAUUUUAUUUUAUUAUGAUCUUGGUAAUAUCGAAUGAAAGCACUACAAAAUUUUUGAACUAAUAAAAGCAGUGUAAAAAAUGGUCGAUGAAAACUAGUGUAUCAUGUUAAAGCUUUUCCAGUUUCCUGUUGAGACUUCAUGUUACCAAAAUGCAAAUAGUCAAUAUAACUGAAUAAACAUAAUCGGUAGCAAUCUAGAGACUAGAGGAUGCCCAUACCAUUAUCUAAUGCUUGGCAAAUGAACGCCGCCAUUCACCUCCUUGCGUGGCAUGGCAAUAUAUUCUUAAAAGUCACUUGUUUCGAAGACAUUCUUAUGAAGUCAAAGGUCAGAUCUUGGAAAUCAAACAAGUAUUAUACAGGUAAUCAUUCAUUGAUCGGUCAGAUUUCAAUUCUCUUUGUUAAGUUUUGGUUCUCAUCUUUUUUAAUAGUCAGGCAGAUGAAGUGCUUUUGCUGUAUAUAUUAAAUCUGAAAAAUAUAUUGUUAUAGAUAAUAUCGAAAUGUAGAUAUAAUACAGUGUAUGUAAUAAUAUGAUGUAUAUUUAUUGAAUAAAUAAAACGCAAUAUUAUUCUAAAAAAAUAUAAA